UAGGAAGGCCUUUUGAUCCAUGGUACCCGUGCCGUUCGGGUCGUCGCACGUCCCAUCUGUGCCUUUCCUUCCCUCCCUCUUCCUUCUCCGAUGCCCACGGCCGCACGGCACUUCUCCCUGCCGCCGUCCCCGUCGCUACCCACUCGCCGGAAGAAGCCUGCGAUUCCUCCGAGUUCUUGAUGUCUACUCUCUAGCUGGGAGAUAAGAGGCUAGAAAGAACACAGGAGAGAAGGAGGAGACACAAAGAGAGGGAGAGCGGAGACCAUCUGGUCCAUGUGUUGGAAGAUCUGGAGACAUCGCUGGUGGUGAAGUGGGAAGCCAAAUGUUCCGUAAGAACGACUCCGCCUUAUCCUGCUUCUACCUCUAUUUGCUCUGGCUAUUCUUCCGCAAGUAGGCGACAAGCGAUACCCUAGACGAGAAGAGAGGCUUUUGCAGGAGAGGGUAGAAUUUGAUCGGAUUCUUGAGAAAUCGAAAUCUUGAUUGCGAUCGGAUUCUUGAGGAAGGAUGAUGAUGUUGGAUCUUAACCUUGCGUCCUCAGGCGAGUCGUUGGCUUUCCAGGAGAAGCCGCUCCCCGAUGAGGACUCCGGGACCUCCAACUCCUCCGUUCUCAAUGCCGAGGCCUCCAGCAACGCCCCCGAUGACGACUCGUGUUCUACCAGGCCGACCGCCGGCUUCCAGUUCGGCAUCCUGAGGGUCUCAGCGUCCGCGGAAGGAGAGAACGAGAUGGAAGAGGAGAUCAAGGGGCGUGUAAAUAAUGUCUCGCUGGAAUCCAACUUCCUCACCAGGCAGCUCUUUCCUCCGGCUUCACCGGCGGUUCCUGAAUGGCCCCAGCUACCGGCGGUAGCGGCAUCUUCGUCCGCAUCAUCCAGGCAGCAUUUAUUGGAUCUCCGCUUCAGCCAGUCCGGCAAUCCAGCGGACGUCAGGGUUUUGCAGCAGCAGCAGCAUGUCAAGAAGAGUAGAAGGGGGCCUCGCUCUCGGAGCUCUCAAUACCGGGGAGUCACGUUCUACCGGAGGACCGGGCGAUGGGAAUCUCACAUCUGGGAUUGUGGGAAACAGGUUUAUUUGGGAGGUUUCGACACUGCUCAAGCUGCAGCCAGGGCAUAUGAUCGAGCUGCGAUUAAGUUUCGAGGAGUUGACGCUGACAUCAAUUUCAAUCUUGUUGACUAUGAGGAAGAUCUGAAACAGACGAGGAAUCUUACAAAGGAGGAAUUUGUGCACAUACUACGUCGCCAGAGCACUGGGUUCUCUAGGGGAAGUUCAAAAUACAGAGGUGUGACCCUUCACAAGUGCGGCCGCUGGGAGGCUCGCAUGGGACAAUUCCUGGGGAAGAAGUACAUAUAUCUUGGGCUAUUCGACAGCGAAAUAGAAGCUGCAAGGGCUUAUGACAAGGCAGCUAUAAAAUGUAAUGGAAGGGAUGCUGUUACCAAUUUUGAGCCCAGCACCUAUGAAGGAGAACUGCUUACUGAGGCUAAUAGUGAAGCAACUGGCCAUGAUGUUGAUCUGAACUUGAGGAUUUCUCAACCUGUUGCCCAUAGUCCAAAGAAGGAUCACAAUUCAAUAGGCAUCCAAUUCCACUAUGGCUUGCUUGAAUCUUCUGAUGCCAAGAAAGUAACGAUUGACAGCACGUCUUCCCAAUUGGCUGGUCAGCCGCAUCAUGUAUGGACUGCUCAACGCCCAGCUCUCUUUCCUACCAUUGAGGAAGGAGCAAGAGAGAAGAGGCUUGAGGUUGGUUCUCAAGCUCUACCCGCCUGGGCGUGGCAGAUGCAUGGCCCUACUCCAUUGCCGCUGUUCUCUUCUGCAGCAUCAUCAGGAUUCUCAACUACUGCUGUUACAUCUGCCCAUCCUUCCUCGCUGCCUCCUCCUUCGGCAACCCUGCAUUCCCAGUUCAGCCUACCGGCUCCAUCCAAUUUUCGAUUCAGGAGCUGAAAUCCAUGUGCUUGGACCAGUGUAUGUAUGCUCUAGACCACCGACAUCUCCGAGGGAGUGGCAGAGGGUAGCCAUCUGCGAAGUAAUAACACGGGGAUGGUGCUCUGUUUUCAAAUUUUCCAUGGUGCGAGUUCAGGUUUUUUAUCCCUUGUAUGCGUUUUGUUUGCCAUAUUCUCACUGUCAUAUUCAUAUUUGGACGAGUUGAAUAUCUUGGGCUCGUCCGCUGCUGAUGAGUUAAGUGGAUGGCCGUGAUGGAGAUUAGCUUUUGGCCUACUACUGGUACUUUGUGGGUGUCCUUGAAUGUAGCUUUCUUUUUUUUCAUUUGCCAUGGACGGUACUAGGAUUUGAAAGAAGAGAGACCGGCCAGCGGCUAUUCUGGCUCCGAGCAAAGUCUUUUGGCUGGCUUGCUGGCUCCUUGUUGUGGGUUUCUUUUCUUUAUCUUAAUGGAUUCCAGCGGGGCCCUGCUUUUGGCUAACGUGACAUUGUACCUUCAUUAUUGAUCGGUUCCCUUGGCGAUAAAACUGACGGUGUCCCUGGUUGUAUGUCUCGGCUUGCUUUGUUUUUAUGUGGAACGAGUGAUUGGGAUUUUCU